AUAUCUUUCUCUUAUAGCUUUACCCUUCUCGGUUUCUUAUUCUGGUUGCCUUAUUUGUUUUUCAUUACAUACGUUCAGGGAAGGCUUAGUUGUUCUUGCUGAUAUAAACAAUGGAGUAUGAAAACCAGUACCAGCAUGUUGAAGAAGCAAAAUAUGACUGUCUUCUCUUUGAUGUCGAUGAUACCCUUUAUCCUCUGAGUUCUGGUUUAUCAAAAGCAUGCACCAGAAACAUCGAAGAAUUUAUGGUUCAAAAGCUUGGUGUAGAAGGAGACAAAGUCUCGGAGGUUAAUCGUGUGCUAUACAGAAACUAUGGGACAUCAAUGGCUGGCCUCAGGGCUAUUGGCUACAACUUUGACUAUGAUGAAUACCACAGCUUUGUUCAUGGGAGAUUGCCUUAUGAGAAUCUGAAACAUGAUCAUGUUUUGAGGAAUCUUUUGCUUAGCUUGCCGAUUCGCAAAGUUAUAUUCUCAAAUGGGGACAAGGUCCAUGUGGCUAAAGUUUUAAGGAAGCUAGGCUUGGAGGAUUGCUUUGAAAGGGUUGUAAGCUUCGAGACCAUUAAUCCCACUAAUGGAAUCAAUACUUCAGAUGAUGAAGACACAUCUAGUGCUGAAAUUCUUGAUGCCAACACAUCAGUAUUUCCAGACACUCCAGUUAUCUGCAAACCAUUUAAAAAUGCAUUUCAAGAAGCCUUCAAGAUAGCCAACAUCAAUCCUCAAAAAACACUCUUCUUUGACGAUAGCAUCCGCAACAUACAAUCUGCAAAAGAAAUAGGCCUUCACACUGUGUUGGUGGGGACUUCCCAUAGAACAAAUGGAGCAGACUAUGCAUUGGAGAGCAUACACAACAUCAGGGAAGCACUGCCGGAGCUGUGGGAAUCAGAUACUAAGAAAGCAGGUGUUGCAUGUUCUGGGAAGAAGCUUGCAAUUCAGACAUCGGUUAUGGCUUAGUUGAUUAUAUAGACAACAAUGGCCAGAAAAAACCCAGAUUUUAUAAAAUCACAUUCCCUCUAACAAAUUGUGCUUCUAAUUUGUAUCUUUCACUUUAAUCAUCCAUCAAUAAAGAAGAAUCAUUUGUUCUA